GACAUGUCCUCCACUGAGCUUGAAGAAUCCAGUGCUGCACCACCGGCUACUUUCAAGUCUCUAGGCUUGAUUGAUUCUUUGCUGCAGGCUCUCGAACAAGUAAACCACAAGGUUCCCACUGAUAUACAGACAGAGGUCAUCCCACAUGCGCUAGAAGGAAAAGACAUCAUCGGCGUCGCUUCAACAGGAUCAGGGAAAACUGCUGCAUUUGCCCUACCUAUUUUGCAAAAAUUAUGGGAAGAACCAAAGGGUCUUUUUGCUUGUGUGCUUGCGCCAACACGUGAACUGGCGUAUCAAAUUUCCCAACAGUUUGAAUCUUUGGGUUCCGAUAUGGGUGUGCGGUGUGCUGUGAUAGUAGGAGGGGUGCCCACCGUUCCUCAAGCUGUGGCUCUUGCAAAGAAACCUCACGUAGUCGUAGCUACACCUGGGCGACUACUGUGGCAUCUGCAGGAAACUAAGGGGUUCGGUCUAGCAAACCUUAAAUUUCUGGUUUUAGAUGAAGCUGAUCGUCUUUUGGACAUGGAUUUUGGUCAAGUUAUUGACGACAUUCUCAAAGUUAUACCAAAACAAAGAACUACAUACCUCUUUUCUGCAACAAUGACGAGUAAAGUAGCGAAGUUACAACGGGCCAGUCUUAAAAAUCCAGUUCGGGUUGAAGUUGCGGGGAAGUAUCAGACUGUAUCAACUCUACUCCAAUAUUAUCUCUUUAUCCCACUCAAAGAUAAAGAUGUCAAUCUUGUAUAUCUAGUAAACGCCCUUGCACAAAACUCUAUCAUCAUUUUCACCAGAACUGUACACGAUGCCGCAAGGUUGACCAUCGUUUUACGAACAUUGGGUUUCUCAGCAGUCCCAUUACAUGGCCAGCUUAGUCAGAGUCAGCGCCUUGGUGCAUUAGCUAAAUUCAAAAGUGGUGGUCGAAAAAUUCUUGUUGCUACUGAUGUUGCCAGUCGUGGUCUAGAUAUCCCUUCGGUCGAUAUCGUGAUUAACUUCGACAUACCAACACAUUCAAAAGAUUACAUCCACCGAGUAGGCCGAACAGCUCGUGCUGGUCGCUCAGGAAAAUCGAUAACACUUGUUACACAAUACGAUGUAGAGCUCGUCCAACGCAUCGAAAGCGUCAUAGAAAAGAAGAUGGAAUUGUGGCCAACGGAGAAAGAGGAAAUCGCGCUACUUACCGAACGAGUAAACGAGGCUGGUAGAAUUGCUGCCAAUGAGUUGAAGGAGCAGGAUAGUAAAGGUGGACGGAAACGUGGACGAUCAGAUGGUGGGGGUAGGGACGACAAGGACAGAGACGACGACGUUGUGGAGGCUGGUAUGCCGGUCAACAAGAAAAAGAUGAAGAAUCGAAGAUGAUGACUGAGCUUGGAAUCUUCAAAAACUCGCAUUCACUCCAUGAAUGCAUACAGCCCAGGUCACGACGGAUAAACAUACUUGCCUCACCUGCAGGUACUUACCACCAGGAUUGGGUACAGCAUCAACGCUCGGACUUAGGUUGAUGCUGUCCAUUUCUGAAUAUUAACUUGCCGCAGAGUGCUAGCUUUCAACUCUACAGUCGUAUCAAUGGUUAUUUUCUAAAAUACUGAUUAUCAGAUUACUCGGCAUAUUUGCAUAGUGACGAUAAGGCUGUCAGCAACGUACGAGUACAACAAGAUAGUCUAUUCACCCACGAAUUCUCAUCAAGUACCACAUAUUCCCCCGCGAAUCUCCUGGACAAUUCAGGCGUUCUAGUUGACUCGAAGCCGUGAUACAAUAUGUGACAAAUUAUGACAAGCAUGAUGCAGAUGACAACUCCCUUGAACACAUGUCUUGUCGAUGUCAGGCGUGUACCCGAGUUGCAAGAAGGGCAUAUGCCAAAUUGCACCACUGCAACGACGACGUUGAUUCAAAUCAAAGGGAACGGUCACACUGGAGACACCAAUGUUGAAGCCAAUGGUGGGCAGUUGCAUUGGCUCAGCCGAAUCAAUGGCGACAGCAUGAGAGAAAGACGAACACACUGAUAUGCUUUUAUUACCCUCUUCAAGAGAGUGCUUUUAAGUUGUUCAUAAUUUCAUCGUACCCUAAAAUUCGAGGAACAACGGAGAUGUCAUAUUUGGAGCUUUGAGACCGUCCUAGCGGUUAUGAGCUAUGCAGUAUGCGAAGGAUUGCACGUUUUGGGGGUGGAAUUUGGAUUUCCACUGGAGAAAGAUAUGUACGGGAGGAGGGGAUCAAACCGAGGGGAAUCCUGAUAUUCCGACCCUCAAAAAAAUAGCCGACCCCGACGUAAAAUGGAUCCAGAGCUACCAGUCUGCGAGGGCCCAGAUUACCGUGGACAGUUACCAAGGAGACAAGUACAGCACUUCAAUUCUUCACUGAUUGUGAUGAUGCCAAACAUGUUUAUAGUCCUGGUGACACGAUGAUGCUGAGUCUUUUUCCUUUUAUGAAGUUCCUGUGCACGUGCAGACGGUUCCAGGUUCAUGAAAGGUGGGAAUGCGGGCAUACCUUGAAUGACUAUAUUGUCAACGACAUUGGCAGCGGCGUCAAUUGCAGUAGCUGUUUUUGGAACAAGUUUAUGAACAACUAACGUCCAGUGACGCAAACUACCCUGU